GCCCCCCAAAAAGCGUUUUUAUUUUUCUAGCCCUCAUUUUCAUUUUCUUCUUUUGCUGUAAUAUUUUCCCUAAAGUUGGAAUAUAUAUAUAUAUAAAGCUCUAGAACUGUUUGUUUUUUUUUCCCCUGAAGAUUCGCUUCAUAAUUCAGUUAAGUCCCUCUUACAUCUUGAUUUUCUCCAUCUGUUGACGUGCUAAACCCCCCGCAAUUCACUGAUUUCUCUCUCUGCUGGUUUAUGACUAGUCCCUUUUUUUUCUUGGGAAAUAUCGCACUAUUUUAGUUUUUUAUUCUUUAGCUUUUUUGAACUUGGGUUUUAGGGUUGUUGUUGUGCUUGAGAAUUAGCACCAUUUUAGUUGAUUCUUGAGAUUUUCUGAAGUGGGGUUUUAGGGUGGUAGUAAAGAUUCUGCCUUUUUCAUCAUUUAUGAGAUAAAAAGGUUGAAUUUUGGUGUUUUACGUGAAUAUAAUUUAAUAUAAUCUGAUGAGGCGCCGGUCCCCCACGUCCCAAUCUUCAGAUGAUUCAAUGGAGAAGGGACAAGGCAAAAAUCAUCACCCUAGGGUUUGCUUAUUAGCUUCAUUAUCAGGUUUGUUUUGGUUCUUGUUGUUGUAUUUCCAUUUUGUGGUUCUAGGGGAUAAUCAUGCACACAAUUCACCUAGUUUGGAUCCAAUUUCCCUCAAUUCACAAUCAAUCAGUACCCCUCAAUCUGUUCCCAUUAAUCGUCCUGUCAAGCUUCGUCGCGCUAAGAUUGAAAUUCAUCGUGAGUUAGCACGUCCUAAUGCAUCCAUGAUCAAUGCACAACCACCUAAUAGUUCUCGUCGUGAUCCUGUUGAAAGUUACCCUUUUAUGAGAGCAUUGAGAACUGUAGAGAAUAAAAGCGAUCCGUGUGGUGGAAGGUACAUUUAUGUGCAUGACCUUCCUCCAAGAUUCAAUGAAGAUAUGCUUAAGGAGUGCAAAAGUCUUAGUCUUUGGACCAAUAUGUGUAAGUUUACCACUAAUGCUGGGCUUGGCCCACAAAUGGAGAAUGCUGAAGGUGUGUUCUCCAAUACUGGUUGGUAUGCGACCAAUCAGUUUGCGGUGGAUGUCAUUUUUGGCAACCGGAUGAAACAGUACGAGUGCCUCACGAAUGAUUCCUCCCUCGCUGCUGCCAUUUUUGUGCCUUUUUACGCAGGUUUUGACAUUGCUAGGUAUCUUUGGGGUUACAAUAUAUCCAUGAGGGAUGCUGCUUCUCUUGAUUUGGUUGAUUGGCUACAAAAGAGGCCAGAGUGGAGUAUCAUGGGGGGAAAAGAUCACUUUCUUGUAGCUGGUAGGAUAACAUGGGAUUUCAGAAGAUUGAGCGAUUCAAAUUCGGACUGGGGCAACAAGCUUCUUUUCUUACCCGCUGCAAAGAAUAUGUCGAUGCUCGUUGUUGAAUCAAGCCCAUGGAACGCAAAUGAUUUUGGUAUCCCAUAUCCGACAUAUUUCCAUCCAGCAAAGGAUGCGGAAGUGUUCAUUUGGCAGGACCGGAUGAGGAAGCUGGAAAGGAAGUGGCUUUUCUGUUUUGCUGGUGCACCACGUCCCGGAAAUUCUAAAUCGAUCAGGGGGCAGAUCAUUAACCAAUGCAAGGAAUCUAAAGUCUGCAAGUUAUUGGAGUGUGGUCAAACAGCGGAGAGCAAAUGUCAUUCUCCCGCCAGUAUAAUGCAGAUGUUUCAGAGCUCCCUUUUCUGCCUGCAGCCUCAGGGCGAUUCAUAUACAAGGAGGUCGGCUUUUGAUGCUAUGUUGGCCGGUUGUAUACCUGUCUUUUUCCACCCGGCUUCUGCCUACACGCAGUAUACGUGGCAUCUCCCGAAAAACUACUCAGCCUUCUCUGUUUUGAUUUCUGAGAAUGAUGUUCGAAAGAAGAAUGUAAGCAUAGAGGAAAGGUUAAAUCAAAUUUCUCCUGAGAAGGUGAAGGAAAUGCGGGAGGUGGUUAUAAGUAUGAUUCCAAGGCUGAUCUAUGCCGAUCCUCGCUCUAAAUUGGAGACUCUCAAAGAUGCUUUUGAUGUAGCGGUUGAGGCGGUUACUAGUAGAGUUACAAAGCUAAGAAGAGACAUCAUCGAAGGUCGUAAGGAUGAUAACUUCAUCGAGGAGCUCAGUUGGAAAUAUGCAUUGCUGGAUGAAGGGCAACGUGAGCUUGGACCUCAUGAAUGGGAUCCUUUUUUCGAAAAACCAAAAGAUGGAAGUGCAGAAUCUGAUAGUUCAUCAGCAGAAGCCGCUAAAAACUCUUGGAAAAACGAACAGGGACAAAAUACAUGAUGUGUUUUUUCUUCUUCUUUGACAGUCUACGACUCAUCGCCACGGCUUAGAAUGAGAGAACUGGCUACACAUGAAGUUUAGCUUCAGAGUAGAAUCAACCUUUUGAUGAAAUUAUAAGAACUUUGUGCAAAGGAAAAACAUAUAGUAAUACAUUAUCCUGCUUCUAAUAUAAAUGCUGUUGUUGUUUUUUCCAA